CGAGAAUAUGAAUGCCGUCCAUCCGGUGUACAAUCCGUGAAGGCAUUAAGACGGAAUUAAUCGAAAGGAAAUAUAGAUGAGAAGAUCCUGCUCGGGUCGCGUGGUCGUGUUGUCAGCAAACACAGAGUGUUGGGCAGAUCAUGUCUGUGUCACGCCGACGAGCUGCUCGCUGCUGGAGAGUCAGCCACAACGUUGUAGGGAGAGGCACGUGUAACUGUAGUCCUGAUUGCACGCCGGAAACACAUCUGCAGUGCACAUAAAGGUUUAGGGAUAAUACUGAUGUAAACUUGGCCUACAUGUAAACACCUUGGACAGGGUUCGUCAGUUAGUUCAUCUUCAAGAUGGCGGAAGAGGAGGUGGUUUACAGUGGAGUAAUAGAGGGAGACAGAUACCCUGACAACUACACACUACUGAAGAUUCUAAAUGCCGAAAAGGCUCUGCACCAUCUACCAGUGACAAUUUACCUCACUAUUCUUAUAGUACUCGGCUUGAUCGGAAACUCUGUAGCACUUUACAUUUAUUACGCAAAGUUCAAGAAGACGCCAUCGAAUUAUUUCGUCAUUUGGUUGGCUAUAUUGGACUUGCUAUCGUGCUUACUGGCGAUGCCUUUCGACAUCAUCGACCUGACAAGGCCAUAUUUGUUCAACAGUCCGGCGUCAUGUAAAACAAUGAGAUUCAUCCAAUCAGCAACUUUGCUGACACCAGCUAUGACUAUAAUAGUUAUAGCAAUCGACAGACACGACAAGGUGUUUCGACCUUUCAAGCGGAUGUCGAACAAAAAAGCCAAAAUCAUCAAUGUCAUUACCCUUGGAGUAGCCAUCAUAUUGGCUCUGCCAGCCAUUUUCGUGUUUGGUCGAAACACGGUGCCGACCCGUGUGAAGGAUCUUACAGGGUUUACGUGCUCGGUGGAUGAUUCUGCAAAAGGAAAGGUAUACCCUUACGUGUACUAUGCCGUGCUGUUUCUAGUGUUUAUAGUUACUGUCAUCUUGUUAGCAAUAUUCUACUGUAGACUUUGGCGGGAAAUUCGAAAGCGAGGGGGUGGCCGAAAGACAAGAUCUCCCAGGGCAACGAGCAGCAAGGAGCCAGAAGGAGAAUCUCACGAGCUUGAGGAAACGUCGACAAGCAUGGCUCCUCGAUCGUCAAAGAAACAGUACUUCAAAAAUGCCAAGCUGCCAGACACAAAAGAGAACACAAAGUCGGCAGACGUCAGCAAAGUAUCUGUCGACACAGACUUGGGAUCAUUUUCCCACAACAGACAUUCAGUUAAAGUUUAUGGAGCGGCUGGUAAAACCACUAAAAUUGUGUUUGUAGUGUCACUGGCAUUCGUCAUUAGUUUUCUGCCGUACCUGAUCGCUAAAAUCGUUCAAGUGACUGUGGCAGACGUGGAGGAGUUCGCCACUGUUGGCGUGGAGGUUGUCUAUAACAUUGCCACGAGAUCAUUCUUCAUUAACAACGCUAUUAACCCCUUCAUCUAUAUCUACCUGAAUCCAGCAUUCAGAAAAGAAACGCACAGACUUUUUAGAGCCUUAUGUUGCCGCCUGUGUAAGAGCAAUUCUGAUUGCUGAAAAAAUGUGAACAAAUAUAAAACAAAAUCCAUCAAAAACCUCUGGUGACUUCGUGGAACCUAGUUCUUCACGACAGCGACACUGUGUGCGAUUGGUGGACAGUUAUUCAGUACUGACAUGGCUGGUUCAUAAAACAGUUAUGCUAUUCAGCAAGAUUUUGAAACAAUAUCAAAGUACAUGUUCUGAACAAUAGUCCAAGAGAUGAAGGAUUCUAAGGAUCUAUUGCCUAGAUUUAAGCAUAAUUGGACAGAGAUUGUGUUCCGGGGACUUUUGCAGGAAACAUUUAUGGUAUAACGUUUGGCCUAUUGAUGCCUGUGACGCUGCCUGGUACAGUAGCAUCCGUGACGGCAGAUCCAUGUGUAACGGCAGAUCCAUCACAAGCAUGUCUUUGUUGACCAACUUUUGGAGAUUCGGUGUCAGGUUCCAACAAAGUGCUUUUCACAUAAAGGCGUUUAGACAUACAUGCGCCCUCUUACCUCUGUUAGCUAGGUUAUCUUCAAAUAUUUUUCCAUAUAUAAAUGUGCUGACAAAUACUUACUCACCAACGUUCCAUUUGCAGAUUUCUACUUGUGUUCUAUAUAAUUAUGAUUCCCCGCAUUUCGUCUUGAGAUAUUGUUCCUAAUAAGAUAUUCAUGUUUGCAUGUAUAGUUUCUAAUAACGUAGCUCUAUGUAUAUAUGUAUGUAAAAAUGUAUUUAUUUGAUUAUUUUUAUACAAAAAUGUUUCUCUUAUGCGCCAUGUGUCACUUCGCCAGAUAAAAAUUGAAUAUCGUGACGUAAAACUGUCGCCCCAGAGUUUGUUCGAGCCGGUGACCUUACCGUUGAAAGAGCUAGUCGCUUGAAUAUAAGGAAUCUAAACUGCUACAUUAGCGGGAGGACACCUAUUGGCUCCAGCUAGCUGAUUUAUAGUAUACAGGUUAAGUCUUCUGAAAUUCUCUUCAUGAUUUCACGUUACCAUAUACAUGUGUCAGUUCUCAAAACAUCACACGACCAACUAGCGGGGAUUCUUUAGCUGAAUCUGUCUGUUUCAUUGAGGUGGCCCAAUUAACAGCCGUAUCGCCUAGUUCUGGGGUAGCAAAUUCUGAUUUCCGCAUGUAUGUAGACUGUUCACAGCUAUAAUAUCCGUAUAAAUGAUGGAGAUCAAGUGCGUUCUACGUCUCAAAAGUGAUACAGUGUUAAUUGGAGUACCCUAUUCACACAAAAUAGGCGCGUCCAACUUAACUAUGCAUACUUACCCUAUACACACAAAAUAGGCGCGUCCAACUUAACUAUGCAUACUUACCCUAUACACACAAAAUAGGCGCGUCCAACUUAACUAUGCAUACUUAAUGUAUUAUGCAUCCUAACCUGAUACGUGGGAAGGUCUGCCAGCAAGCUGCGGAUGGUCGUGGCUUUCCCUCGGGCUCUGCCCAGUUUCCUCACGCCAUAAUGUUGGCCGCCGUCGUAUAAGUGAAAUAUUCUUGAGUACGGCGUAAAAGACCAAUCAAAUAAAUAAAUAAAUCCUAAUCUGAAGUCAGUCUGAAACCAUAGCUAAGUAGACGGAAGCUCUUCACGCAAGUCAGAAGCCAUGAUUACCACGAGUCUCUUUGUUAUAACUUCACAGGUCACUUCCAACUCCUAGCAUUCCGUGUUGGUCCAUGCCCACGAAUUACAAGAUGCAAAUUUUAUUCAAUCUGAAGGUAAAUAUUCUGAUUUAAUUUGCGUCUCCGCGUGCAUGCUUAUCUGCCUGUACAUAGGGGGCUAUAUGAGUAGAUAUCUCGAGUACAUGUACAUAUACAUUUCCUAGGCGUGGCUGUUUUCCGAAUUUUCAUCGUAAAUCACGAUCGCCAACACAGCCAAUCGUGGAAAAGGGUCUACUUGUGCGGUCUAUGAAACACUAUAAGCAACAGAUGAAGGUCUGCUAGCUAGCUAACAUACUGUUUAUAUCUUAUCGUGGAUAUACUGACAGAUAAAAUUGCCUGCACACAUACUGUGUACCUAUUACUUAAUAAAAUGGACUAUGUACCCACAAUUAACAGACCAGCGUCUACCAUGGGUCUCCUCAAAUUUUCAAACAACCCUCCAUUAUUCUCACAAAGUUACAAACUAGGUUACUAUGAUUCAUAUGUAGAUUUACAGUGGAUACAAUCAACCUUGUAUAAGCUAUUACCAGUUCAUAUUUGUUUAUUUGAGAAUAUGUAUAUUGAGAAGUUUUAUUUCUUUGAUAUUAAAAUCCCAUGAAGCACA